GGCGGUGCUUAACGAACAGGUGGCGAAAGCAAUAUAGCCCCGGCGAGGACAUUCCCACGCCCAGGGUCGCUGCCACGCUCUGAACGAGUAUAAAAGUGGCGGCGAGGGACCCAGCCCGUGUUCCAGGUCCAGGCAGGCGGUCCCCUUCUCUGCAUCAUGUUUCGUGUGGCUUUCCUCGUGACGGUGGUGGCGGUGGUCGCAGCCACCCCGACCAUCCCCCCCCAGGCCAAGGCGAUGUACAACCCGGAGCUGUUCGAGGGUGACAUCAAGGGUAUCGCCGGACAGGAACCCGGGAAAGAGAGGGCGGCCAUCCUGGGGGACCAGUACCUGUGGACCAACGGCAUCGUGCCCUACACACUCGGCGGCUCCAUCACCUCCGGCCAGCAGACCGUCAUCCUUGCCGCCAUGGCCGACUUCGAAUCCAAGACUUGCCUCAGGUUCAGGGAGAGGACCACCGAAUCCAACUACAUCAAUAUCGUCUCCAAUGACAACGGGUGCUGGUCGUACGUGGGCAUGCUGGGCGGCCGUCAGCAACUCUCCCUGGAUGUCAACGGCUGCAUCUACGUGGGCACGGCCAUCCACGAGCUGAUGCACGCCGUCGGCUUCUACCACGAGCACACCCGCGACGACCGUGACGACUACGUCACCAUCUACUUCGAAAACGUGAUUUCAGGCCAAGAGCACAACUUCGACAAGGACACCUACUGGCGGUACGUGGGCGAGAACUACAACUACGACAGCAUCAUGCACUACGGCACGUACGCCUUCUCCAACAACUGGGGCGUCGCGGAGACCAUCGUGCCCACCGACCCCAACGUGGUGCUGGUGGAGGCCUACGACAAGUUCGAGAUGAGGCAGACCGACGCCAACCAGAUCAACAACCUCUACGCCAGCGAGUGUGCGCGCCGCAAGGACUAGUGUGUAGCCUGCCGCUAUAAACAUUACUGACACAGACCAAGCACGUAUUUGCCUUCAGCGACCUACCACGAGUAUACCUGAUGCAGGGAGUGUGGCCGUCAGCGCGGACACACCCCAGACCUAUAGUGUGUAGCCUGCCGCUAUAAACAUUACAGACACAGACCA